AAAUUUCCUUCAGUAAGCAGAACGUGUGGCUUUGGCCUAUGAGUAGUUUUCUCUUCUCAUGGCAAUGUGGUCAACGGUACCUUACCCUUCGAUUCUCAAACCCUCGACGCACGUUCUACUCAGCAGAACAGACAUAUAAAGGCCACAACCAAUGCAUUUGUCUACAGUCUCACAGAGAUGUGGAAACUCACACUUCUUUCUUUUGUCGCUCUUUCACUUGGAACAAACAUCGUCGUCACAAACGAUGAUGGCUGGGCGGUUGCCAUGAUUCGUGCUCAAAAUGAUGCAUUGAGGGCUGCUGGUUAUCGCACUAUUCUUUCAGCUCCAGCGGAUAACAGGUCGGGUACUGGUUCAUCCUCUGCCCCUCCGACCCCCCUAGAACAGCCAUGUCAGUUCGAUACCUGCCCGGCGGGCUCCCCGCCCGAGGGUUCAGAUGCAGAUGAUCCGACCAUUAAUUACGUCCACGCAUUCCCUGUCGAUUCUGUCCGGUUUGGUAUACAAACUUUAGCCCCAAAAUACUUUGGACGUGCGCCUGACUUUGUUGUCAGUGGUCCGAAUGUUGGAAAUAACCUGCAAUCGCUCGGCGGCUCUGGAACAGUAGGCGCAGCAACGGAAGCAUCCCGUGAAGGUAUUCCUUCCGUCGCAUUUUCGGCCUCAAGCUCUUCCAUCCAAUCUGUUUCUUUCACCACUCUCACAUCCGAUCCAAAUUCGAGCGGCUCCCGUGCGGCACGUCUUUACGCUCGACUUACCGUAAAGUUCACGGACGCUCUACUAGCGGGACGGGGGCCCAUCCUACCCCGCAAUAUCAGUGUCAACGUGAACUUCCCUGCAGUAACAACUAGUUGUGCCGAUCUGUCAGACUUCCAGUUCGUACUGACACGGGUUGCUCCCGACCCUGGGGCUACGGACGUGAAUACGUGUGGGACAACUCAUCUUCCAGGCGAGGCCAGUGUCAUUGCACGCUCAGACUGCUUUAUUAGCGUUAGUGUUAUGGAUUCCCGUACAAAGGAGGACGUCAGCGCUGCCACGCAAGCCACUGUUCUUGGAAGAAUUUCAGGUUUGCUCACAUGUCUUCCCAACUGAUGAUCUCUUUACUACUCCGCCUCAACGAUGGGAUUGUAUGAUCCAGAUACUCGAGCUUUUUAUCUUCAAUUUUAUGACAUCUUCGGUGCCAGAGUUUCAUACAGUUUCGGACGUGAACAAAAAAAAACCAACGUCAAUCGUUUGCCAGAUGCGUAGGCGAAAACGGGCUAGAUUCCGUACCCAACAGCACGUCUGAUCGCGCAUGUUAUACGAACAGAAGGCUGGAUCGUUCCAUCCCCC